UCGAUACGUGUCCCAACCUUCUCUAACCCUCCGCUCGCAACCAGAUUAUCGUCGACCACCAUGGGCAAGAAAGGAGGAAAGGGUAAGAGCAAGAACAAGGGCGGCAAGGCCGGCGGUGCCGCCGCCGCUGCGGUCAAGCAGGCCACUGAUAUUCAGAACCCCGUGACCCCUGGUCAUGAAGUUGAGGAGACCGUUGCGAAGGGAGAAGGCGAGGUCAGUGAUGUUGUCACAGAACCUACUGAGGCCGCCACGGCGGGCCCUACAACUACUGUCCCCGAUGCGACUCCCAAUCUUCCCUCAGCCGCGCCGCCGGCCUCCACUGAAGAGGCCAGAGAGAUCUUGCAGGACGCUGUAAACAAGGCGGAGACUGGCCUGGCUGACAAGGCCGAGUUGGCUAAUGGAGAGGCAAUCGGAGCGGUCGAACCGUCCGUGACAGAGGAGCCACUCAAAUUGACCCCUGAGAACUUGGCCCCCACUGCUGGAACGGAAACCUCCCUCCCCGAGCGCCCGAAAGAGACCGUUACCGACACCUUCGAUGCUCAUGCUAAACGGCCCUACGAGGGCAGUCUGACGGCCAAGGACGAUGAAUUGCCCCAUAAGAUUGCGAAGGUGGAUGAUACAGUUGCGGCUGCCGGUGCAACCUCUGGUCAUGUUGCUGAGACGGGAUCCUUAGCCAGGAAACCUGAAGUUCCCGCCGAAACGGGUAGCGUGCAACCUCAGAUUGUGCCAGGCCUCGGUGCUGACCCUAAUGACCAUGUAUCAACCGUCCUCAAUGUCCCCGGUCUCUCUUCCCUGGAGGAGAAGUCUACGGCCCCCUCUGCUACUGAGGCAUCGGCUGUCCCUGCCUCUAGCACCUCCACCGAGCCCAAAUGCGCAGAGGACAUUGCCCCAACGGGAGCCCCUACCUCUGAUGUCAGUGCUGAUGCUACUGAGAAGCCCAAGCAGUCUGAGGUCCCUACGGCAGAAGAGGAGACGAUCACCGAACCUAAGGGCGCAGAGGACAUUGCUCCGACGGGAGCCCCCACUUCUGCCGGCAAAGUUGAUCUUGUUGAGCAGCCCAAAGACUCGGAGAUUUCUAAGGCAGAGGAGACGGUCGCGAGCGAGCCUCCCACCGCUGCAGCAGUUACCAGCGAACCGGAAGCUCCGUCCGGCGCGACUGCUCCUUCAGAAAUCGACUCGACCGCCAAGGCUGCUUCUGCAACCGCCGGCGCUGGUACCGCCACUGCAACCUCUGCUCCACCUGCCGCUGAACCCGUCCUGAAGGUUCCCUCCAGCAUUCACGACGGCCCCGACUCGAAGGUUACUUCUGCCGACCAAGCCGUGUCCAAGGUGGAACAGGAAGCCCAGGUCGCGUCCGACAGCACUCAGGCUGCUCUCAAGGACAGCAUCCCUCAAGAGAGCAAACCGGCCCCCGAGGUGCAGGAGGGCACUGCAGCGGUCAAGGCUCAGCUCCCAGAGAAUCAACCUGCUGCUAAGGAGGCACAGGAAGCGGGUGCCGGCGCCGCAAAGGAGCCGCAGGAGAUUCAGAAGCCCGAGGAAGCCAAGACCAAGGAGCCCCGUGCAGUACAGGAUGCUCAGGAGGAAAGUGCCGCUACAGCCAAGAAGCCGGAGGAGUUGAAGCCGGAGGACAUCAAGAAACCCGAAGAGGCCAAGACGAAGGAACCCCAGGCCGCACAGGCCACGCCGGCCGAUACCACCAGCAAGCCUGAGGAGGGCAAGAGUCUUAUCGACCAGGCCAAGGAGACCGUGCAGACCGAAGCCAGCAAGGCACAAGAAACUGCUAAGGCCGAGGCCGCCAAGCUCGAGAAGCGAAAGAGCGGUUUCUUCGGAUGGUUCAAGCGUAAGCUCAAGGGCGAAAAGGCCUAACGGAAGUAACAGAUUGAUAUCUUCUCUGUUGUCGUUUUGUUUUUAUUUUUGGCUAUUCGACGGAUGGGAUGGAAGCCCACGGAGACCCUAUUUCCUGAUACCCACGGACCCAAGAGGGAUGGUUCAAGAGAGAAAACCGAAAAAGACGGAAAAAAUAUAUUCAAGUGAUAUAUCUUCAUGUAUGUCAAUGGCGUGUAUGAUAAUCGACGUGAUAGGAUGGAUACCAAAAGGAUGCCCGACGGUUGGAUGGGAUGGACAUUCUGUCGUG